AUGCCUCCGCCCAGGAAGUGGUGGCAGACCGCUACAGUCUACGAGCUGUAUCCAUCUUCCUUCGCCGAUUCAAAUGGCGAUGGCAUCGGCGACAUUCCAGGCAUCAUCUCUCGCAUUCCGUAUCUGGCAUCUCUCGGCAUCAAUGCCAUCUGGCUUGCCGCGUGCUACAAAAGCUCCGGCGUCGACAUGGGCUAUGAUGUCGUGGAUUACAGAGACAUUGACCCCCACUACGGCACGGUUGAGGACGUGGAGAAGCUCAUCUCGGAACUUCAGAAGCACGGCAUCUCUCUCAUCAUGGACAUGGUCGUCAACCACACCAGCUUUGAACAUGCAUGGUUCAAAGAAAGCAGGUCCAAUACCACGAAUCCCAAGCGCGACUGGUACAUAUGGCGGAAAGGGUGCCAUCUACGCAUGACUGAUGGUUACCCGAAGCGCUUUCCGCCCAACAACUGGGAGAGCGUAUUCAAAGGCACAGCGUGGGAAUAUGACGAAGCGACGGAUGAGUAUUAUCUCCGCAUGUUUGCCAGAGAGCAGCCCGAUCUGAAUUGGGACUGCAAGGAGAUGCGCGAAGCAGUCUACGAUGACAUGCGCUUCUGGCUUGACAAAGGUGUCGCGGGAUUCCGAAUCGACGUGAUCAACAUGAUCUCCAAGCCUCCAGGUCUCCCGGACGCUCCAGUUACGAAUCCCAAAUCCGACGUCCAAAAGGCAGAGGACCUCGUCACCAACGGGCCCAGAGUACAUGAGUACAUCCAAGAGAUGCGUCGCGAAGUCUUCGACAGAUACCCGGAUUCUGUGACUAUUGGCGAGAUCAUCUGCACCGGCAACACAGACGCCAUGCGGAAAUAUGUCGAGACGGACAGGCGCGAACUCAACAUGGCAUAUACCUUCGACCUCUUCGGCCUCGACUGCGGCCCUCUCGGGAAGUACGUACCUCGCCACUGGCCACUCUCGGAGUUCAAGCACAACAUUCAGAAAUGGCAGAACGCACUCUUCGAGGGGGCUUGGCAGACGUUCUGGCUCGAAUCCCACGAUUCCGGGCGCUCCGUUUCGCGCUUCGGCGAUGGAAUGCCCGAAAACAGAGAAAAGAUCGCCAAGAUGCUCGCGUUGCUCUCCUCGACCAUGCAAGGCACACUCUUCAUCUACCAGGGCCAGGAACUCGGCCUGGUCAACCUCUCCCACGAGAUCCCGAUCUGCGAAUACCGGGACGUCGAAACGCAGAGCACCUGGCAGGCCACGCUGCAGUACCGCUCCGAGAGCCAAGGUCUUCCCGCAGAAGAAAUCGACAUGUCCGACGUCCUGCACGAAGUCCAUCUCAAAGCUCGCGAUCACGCCCGUGCGCCCCUCCCCUGGACCCCGGACCCUCCCCCAUCCGGCUUCUCCUCCUCCACGAGGGGCAAGACCUGGACCCCCAUGAACACGGACAGCCCCCGCUGUAACAUCACCACCCAGAGCCGCGAAGCAGAUUCCGUUCUGAACUACUGGCGCAAACGCCUUGCGAUCCGAAGGCAAUACCCCGAAGCUCUCGUCUAUGGCUCUUUCGAGGCCGUCGCGUCGACCCUGAACGACGAGCCCGUCUUUGCGUACUGGCGCAAGCCUUUGGCACACGUGGCACAGGCGCGGGGCUUGGGCAAGGAUGGGGAGAGGGAUGUUUUGGUCGUUUUGAAUCUGACUGCCAAAGAUGGGGUGGGGUUUGAGAUGCCUCUGUCUUCUCUUUCUUCUUCUUCUUCUUCUUCUUCUCCUUCUCCUUCUUCUUCUCCUUCUUCUGGGAACGACAAGGGGCAGGGGGAGAAGCAGAUGUUCUUCGUGCUGGAUAGUACGGCGGGCAUGACGGCCGGGUUGCAAGUUCGGAGUAACGGUUUGGUGGAGAGUGGGGAGACGAUCGUCCUGGAGGGGUAUCAGGGUGCGGUUUUUGGGUUUUAG